CGCCCGGGGAUGAGUUUAGGAGCAGGAAAACACGUUUCCCAUCCAUGUGUGUCGCUGCUGAUUGCAGAUCUGCCUCCCCUGAGGGCAGACCUUACUGCUCCACACAAGUCCCUGAAAGGAGCUGUACUGAACUGAAGGUUCAUCUCUUUCCCCAAGUAACAAGUGACAGGAAAUGGCCUCAGGUCGUGCCAGGGGAUAGGUUGGAUAUUAGGGAAAAACUUUCCACUGAAGGUGUUGUAAAGGGCUGGCACCGGCUUCCCAGGGCUGCGGCAGAGUCACCAUCCCUGGAAGUGUUCAGAAAAUGUGUUGAUGUGGCAGCUGGGGACAUGGUUGGUGCUGACCCUGCUGGUGGUGCUGGCCUGAUAUUGGACCCGAUCAUUUUAAAGAUUUCAGAGUUCUUUGUUACCCGGGUGCCUGUAACCCAAUCUCCCGGGCUUGGCUUCCCUGCAGCAGAUCCAAUAGCACCUGUCCCUGAAAGAACUGCCACAGCCCCCCGGGACAGCACAGCCCUUCUGCUACCAACCCUGAGGCCCUGGGAAGCAUCUCAGGACAGCAUGUCCCAGGCCGGCGGCAGCCCCGGCCCGGAGGAUUUGGGGUCGAGUGUCGGGGCUCACUCGCGCACCCCGAGCCGGGGCAGCCAGCGCGUCGAGUGCAUCAUCUGCUACUCCUCGUACGACCUGGGGGUGCGGCUGCCGCGGCGCCUGUACUGCGGCCACACGUUCUGCCAGGCGUGCCUGAAGCGCCUGGACGCGGUGAGCAACGAGCAGCGCUGGAUCCCGUGCCCGCAGUGCCGCCAGAACACCCCCACGCCCCGCGGAGGGGUCACCAUGCUCGACCUCGACCUCGCCACCUUCCUGGCCGUCAAGGCCGACAAGGAGCAGCCGCGGCCGGCCGGCAGGGCUCCCCCCGCUCCCAAGGGCUGCUGCAAGGAGCCGGCGGUGACCCAGCAGCCGGCGGGGCCGUGCCGAGAGCCCGGGACCCCCGCGCUGUUCCCCCGGCGCGGCUGCUGCCGGCUGUGCCUGUGCUGCGGGGUCACGGCCGCGCUGGAGAGCUGAGCUCCGGGACUGCUGCUGGGGACCUUUGCCAAGCCCCAGAGCCUGGUGUGCACUGCGGUGCUGGCGGACCAGCCGGGGCUUCAGCCCGAGCAGGGCUUUCCUGCCCGUCCCGCCGGGAUUUGGGGUGCAGCAGCGGGGGAUGAAGAUGCUAUCGCCCCCUCAUCCUGCCCAUCUGGCCUGCUGGCUACUCAGAAACCUGGUGCAGCUGUCACAGACGUUCUCUGGUCCCUGAGCACGGCCUGGCCCGUGCCCCGUUCCCCCGUGUGUGGCUCUGCAGCAAGGACGGGGCACCGAGCAUCCCCCGGGCAGGGGACGGGGCCCGGCACAGCGACACCGUGGGGCACCUCCAGCACCUCGAGAGCUCCACGGCUAUUAAAGACACUUCUGUCC